CUGACAUCUUUUGUUGACAAUUGACAUUUAUACUAUUGACAGAGACGACAAUUGCCAGUGACAGUCAAAAACUUAGAAUAAUGAACACAAAAAGGGAUAAGAAUCAACAAAUACAAAGAAAUCUUCAUAUGGGUUAUCCCUACAUAAUCGGUUACAUGAGCGUUGAUGUGCAUCGUGAAUAUCAUCAUAAUUUGUCGCAAUUGAAGUACUUAACAUCAAUACCGAAAGGAAUGAUUUUUUAUAACUUAAACCACAACAUCGAAAAUGCUGUUAAGCGUACGACAGACGAAAACAACGAAAAAAUAUCACUAAUGCUGAAAUUUCUCCUAGACCAAAGAUAUCGUUUAGAUUUUUUGAUUGAACCCACUGACACAACCUUUAUAACGUAUCGUAGAACUUUGAUUAGUGUUAUGACUAGCGUAUACACGCGCGAACCAAUAAGCAUAGUGGCUAGCUUACUAAAGAAGGGCAUCUACCUAUGUUCAGUUAAUACUGCUCAAGACUUACAAAAUCACAAUCCAACUGCACAGAAUGCUAAGUUUUGUGCUUGGGGCUAUAAGUUUGAGCAAUACAUGCUGUCAGAUAUACCAUGUAUGCAACCUAAUGUAAAGAAACCAGUUGUGGAAAAUGAAGAAUUUUCUAUGUAUUAUAGUUCUCAAUUAGGUAAACACAGGUUAUUCUAUGGAGCUCAAAUUGAUGGAAUGCUGGCCACAAGAACAGCACCAGGACCUCCGAACACAGAUGAUGUAAACAUCAAUUUGGGAUAUUUGAGGAGCAACAAGUUUGUGGAGCUAAAAACUAAUAGAGAAAUACAUAACAAAAGGCAGGAACAGAAUUUUAAGAGAUACAAAAUGAUUCGUUGUUGGUGUCAGUGUUACCUAGCAGGACUAAAGGGAUUACUUGUAGGCUACAGAAAUGAUGAUGGCAUUAUUCAAAGAGUACAAUGGUUCGAUACUGAAGACAUAGUAAAAUACUGUGGAGACGAAUGGAAUCCACAAGUAGCCAUCGACUAUUUAGUAUAUUUCCUCAAUUACGUAGAGAAUUGUUUCAAAUCUCUAAAGGAUACCCCUGGUGAUCUCUUUGCGUCUAAAGAACCAUUAACACUGAAGUUUGAUAUUGAUAACCAACAAAAAAUCACAGUGACUAAGGAUAUUUACAGGGAACAUGUAAUUUUACCAGAUUGGUAUGUUUAUAAAAUGCAGGCUCACUUAUAAAUAGCAUUAUAGCUAAGCUAAACCAUAAUUCUCGUGCAAUAUUUGCACGUAAAAAAAUAAAAUGGUAAUUUGUAUCUUGCGGACUAAUAUAUUUAUCUAUAACUAUGUUUUGUAUCAUUGUUUUAUGCUCUGAAUAUGGUAAUGGGAACUCCUGUGCAAAUAUUAUAUUACAAUAUCGAUCAUCUAAAUUGGCAGAACAAAUAGGUUUAUAGGUGCCUACAUAGAAAAUAGGUUAACAUUCUACACCUAUGCGCUUCAAACAUAUGUAGAUACCUUUAUAACCAUCGUCGGCCCAUCAAAUAUAAAAAAUAGAAAGAAUCUUACAUAUAAAUAUCUUCAAGAAAGAAGUAAAUAGGUUUAUAAAGGGUCGACAAGACCCAUGUAGUGCCCCAUGUAUUGCAAGCGUUCAUAGGCCACGGAAACCACUGGCACUUACCAUCAGGCGGGCCGUGUGCUUUUCUUGCCACGGUCGUGUUAAAAAUUUCAGUAAAUGGUAAAUUGAAUAAUAUCAACAACAAGGUUGCACGCACCGCCAGUCGCGGGUUCGAUUUCAACAAGUACUCUGUGAUCUCUGUGUGAUCCACAUACUUUUUAUUGUUCCGGGAAAGUGUGUGGUGUGCAUGAGACUGAUUCGUAAGUGGUUAGUUUCUGAGAUAUUCAAACAUUUUUGGUUUACGACAAUAACUUCCGAACUACGUUACUGGCAGAAAUAUUUUUGUAUUGAAUCACUAUUGUGGUUAAUAAAGAAAUUAGACUUAUUCAAAAUAUAUAUAUAUUACUUACACUAAGCGUAAAAGCUAUUAGAAAACUUCCUUGGUUUAUCAGCUAACUACCUAAAACGAUCAAUUCUCAAAAAUAAAUUAAUAACUUGAUGAUAAGUAAAUGUACCUAAAGAAAAAAAGGCAAUUUACUACAUAGGUACUUACAUUUUGUUUGCGCCAAGCCUGGAAUUUUUUACAAUUAUCCUUUCUAUAUUACCUACUUAGUACUUAGUGGCAACGUGAACCAAAACUAAGUAUUUUCAAUUUUUCUUCUAUCAAGACAUUUUCUGUCAAUCAAUUUGAUGGCCGGUAGCGGUUGGACAUGGAAACAUAACGUCAAAAUUCAAUACAAAAUUUCCGUUAACAUGUAACUAAAAUAAACCAUAGUAGAUAUUUACCUCACAAAAAACAAAACUAAAAACAUGGCUUUACAUAAUGAUAAAUUAAAAGAAUGAUGAAAAAUGGGACAAAUAGAUGAAGCAAAGUCAGCUCCGAAAAUGGCCAAGACUCCAUCGGCCGUCAAAAAAAGUUCUUCAACGAAAUCCAAAGGCGGUAGCGGAACUGCAGGUGGAUUUGACUUCAGUAACCCUGUACUACAAGCAUUAAUAGUAAUUAUAUUACUGAUAGCGGUAGGAUCAGCGCUUUUCUGUUUUUUCGGCCAACGCCGACGCAGAAGAAACACGUGUUGCUGAAUACGGCGCUUGGAAGUGAACCCGGUACAAUAACGUGAAGCCUGAAAAAAAACAUUGUACAUGUAAAUAAAGCAGCCCAACAAGACAGAAUUUAUAAAACUAAAUAAUUGUACAAACUAAUUAAUAAAAAUAU